ACUAUUUAUAUAUAGAAAAGACCUGAGUCCCAUUCCUUCAAAUUUGUGUCAACCAUUAUAAAAAUAUCAUAAAUUAAGAAAAGUAAAAAAGUAAGACCAGCUUGGUUCUUCUUCUUCUCAUAUCAGAUAACAAUGGCUAUGGCUUUCAAAAUGGCUACUACUGGGAUGUGGGUAACUGAUGAGUGCAAAAACUCUUUCAUGGAGAUGAAGUGGAAGAAGGUGCAUAGGUACAUAGUUUUCAAGAUCGAUGAAAAAACAAGGCUUGUGACCGUUGACAAGGUUGGUGGUCCUGGAGAAAACUAUGAUGAUCUAGCUGCUUCUUUGCCUAAUGAUGAUUGUAGAUAUGCUGUCUUUGAUUUUGAUUUUGUCACUGUUGACAACUGCCGUAAGAGCAAGAUCUUCUUCAUUGCAUGGUCACCAACAGCAUCAAGAAUAAGAGAAAAGAUACUAUACGCAACAUCAAAGGAUGGGCUAAGAAGAGCUUUGGAUGGAAUCUCAUAUGAACUUCAAGCAACCGAUCCAACUGAGAUGGGAUUCGAUGUAAUUCAAGACAGAGCCAAAUAGAUGCCCCUCUUAAUUAUGUGCCAAGCUAAUCAAUUAUUCUACCAAUCUUACUCUUUUAUUAUAAUAAUUAUGAUGAUUAUAAUCAAGUAACUCUAAUCCAAUGACUCUAUGACAUGUUCUCUUUUUCCUUUUUCUUUUUAUGGUAGUCCUUUAAUUAAAUGUUGGAUUUUGGCACCAUUGUGAUGUAAGUGGGGUAUCUAAUCUUGAAUUUUUAGUCAAUUAUAAUAAUUAAGUUAUUGUAUAUUACCGUCGGGUGUAUGAUAAGUUAAGGGCAACAAACCUUUGUUUGCAUUACUAUGAAAAAAUGGUUGAGACUUGAGAGCAAUGGAUUAGCUCGAACUUUUUUCAUAUGUGGAAA